AUGGUGGUCAGCAUCAGUCACCAGCUGCUCCACCCGAUCUGGUCUCGCUUCGUCUACGGAGGCCGCGUCACGCACUCAGAAAGCGUAUUGCUCGUUGCGGUCAUCGCUGUUGCGGCGCUGCUCCUCAACGAAGGCCCACACAUCUACUACUCGACCGCGGCACCACUAGCGCCCCUGCAUGCCGUGCUGAUCAGACACGUCUUUGACUACCUCGCGACCCAACGAGUCGCUUCGCCCUACAGCUCGUCCGGGUCAGCGCAACUCUCCCCACGCGACAGCCUCCAUGAGCUCCUCAUCUUUGCGCUCACCUUCGACUAUCUUCCCUCGGCCGGUCAGGGCAGACCGCAGGACUGGCCACUUGUGAAAGACUACAUGUACGAGAUCAUCGAGGCAUCGGGCUUCAUGGACGAGCGCAGCGCCUUUUGGCAGGACCUGAGCGACGCCGAGGUGGAGUGCGCUCGGCGGCUGAUGUGGCGCUUUGUCAUCUGGGAAAGGUGGUUUAGCAUGUACGUCAAGCGUGGCAGUGCUAGCCGCAUUCUCGAGGCGGACGUCACGGUGGCUUAUCCCCGAUGGACGAGCACGCCCCUCUCGGCGCCCUUUUGUGCUGCGCCAGGCGGUAGCGCAGUCUGCGGAGAGGAGCCAGCUGCCUUCAAAGUAGCCACGAGGAGCGUCCCUCGCGUGUUCAGACUCAAGCAGCCGCACGAAGUCGACGAGACUCCCGUCCUGUGGGAGCUGAUCACCGGUCUCUCUGCUCACGUCGCCGCCGUCUCCGACUACGUCUCUGACCUCGAGGCGCUGCGCAGUCGAGGACGGGGCAGCAUCGCAGUGGGCCACGCUAGCGAAGCACUGCUCCAUCGCUGCAUGCGGCUGUGCAACGACAUCCGACAGUGGCAGCACAGCGUCAGUGUCCAGGGGAAAUGCAAAGAGCCGGACCACGUCGAUGCGAGCGACUACUUUGCCUGCCGAAAGGCCAGCCAAGCCUCCUUUUUGCAGGUCGGGUGUCGACAGGUGCUCAACAUCCUUCUCAGUGCAUGGGUGACGGAAGAGACGAGCAUGGGGGAGCUGGGCUCGCCGCUACUGGCGCAGCUGCAGCGCGAGGCCUUCAACAAUGCCAAAGAGGCCGUGCGAUCAAUCGAAGUCACGAGGACGCUGCUUUCGUGCGGCAAGGUCAUCCAGAUGCCCUGGGCAGCCACUGCCUUUUUCAACGCAGCCACCACCCUGGCGAUCCCGCUGCUCAGCGCGUACAGGGGAGACGCGGUCGUCAAUGAUGCCAAUGCCAAGGAAGCCCCCCCGCGUACCGGUAGCAAGGCCAGCGACACCACGUCCAGACACGCUGCAAGCACCGCCACACCCACCUUUGCUCACUCGGUGCUGAGCAUGGAGGAGAUACGGACACUGGCCCCGGACAUCCUGCGCAUCCUCGAGAUCCUGCCGCUGUGCAAGGCCAGCCCGCUGGGCGCCGAAGCGAGGCAGCGGCUCGCCAUGCUCGUCGACACCUAUGGGAUCAGUCACAAGCACUCGCUGCCGCAGGAAGAGCCGCUGCCACACGCAGUCGACGACGUCUUGGGCGCGCACACUUUGCGCUCAGCCAUUGGAGUAGGAGACGACUGGAACGCCGCGCUGUCCAAUGGCCAUCUCCCUCAGGCCAGUGCCGGCCAGAGCCCUGAUUUUGGUAGCGUCGGCAUGUGGAAGGACGCGCGGGGCUAUACCGUCCUGGACUCGCUUGUUGCGCUCGACGAUGCGUGGUGGGAGCAGCUCCUUUCGUCAGCAGACGAUGCGGUCGCACCAUGA